AUACUGGGUUUUUCAUUUUUCUCAUUUACAAUGCUGUAGGAAACGAACAUCACAACCUCAGGCACAUAUUUCUUACAGUAGGGAAAAUUACAAUAAGGGAGUUGCCAACACUUGAAAGCAUAACUUGGAGUAUUUGCAGUAUACCACUCAACAAAUAACGCUUUUUUUCUUAGCAACUUUUUACUUAACAGAAACUUGUAACAAUAUAUCCAAGCACGCGUAGCCCAACUGUGAGGUAGUCAACGGGUUAUACAGCUUCAAAGAUUGUGCUCUUUCGGAGUACGCAUCUCCUGAAUUCUUGAUACAAGUCUUUCUUCCAGCGGUUUCGUUGAAAGUAUGACAAAUACUAGAAGAGUUCUUCUAAGAGUCAAAGAGCUGCUCUUUUCUUCAAGUUUGUGAAACAGAAUCCAUAAAGGUUAGAGAGGUUUUGAAGCCAAACGUCUGUUUAGUAGCUGAGAGUGGAGGAGAAUCUUCGACUUGAGACAAAGGUUUUUAAAGAGGCUGUAAAGAUGCAAGUCAAAGUCGGAGAAUUGAGACAAAAUUCGACUAGUCUUCUCAAAAGGUACAAAAACCCAAUAGAAAUUUCUCAUACAAGUAGUCAAUAGCAGAAAAGAGGAAGCCAUUCAAGUAAAUAACUUGGUCAUCUGUUCUAGUGAUUUUUGUCCAUACUAUGAAUAAGAAUGCUAUCACAAUAUAUUCAUUUUAGGAGAGAGAUUUUAAAGAUUCUUUCGAAUCUCGGAACUGUCGUCCACUUCAUAAUGAAAAAAACUAUCUUGUUUCUUUGCACUGGAAAUAGUUGCCGUUCCCAGAUGGCCGAAGGUUUCUGUAGAAAACUACGUGGAGAUGAGUUCGAAGCCUACUCUGCUGGAGUCGAACCCAAAACUUUAGACGCAAGAGCAGUUGAGGUUAUGAAGGAAGUUGGAAUUGAUAUAUCCCAGCAAAAACCAAAAUCCGUUGAACAGUUACCAAUAAAAGAUUUCGAUCUAGUAAUAACUGUCUGCGGUCAUGCCAAUGAGAACUGUCCUUUCUUUCCCAACAAGACCAAAGUUAUUCACGUCGGUUUUGAAGAUCCUCCUCUUCUUGCGAAGGAGUGCACAACCGAACAACAAGUUUUGGAAGUCUAUAGAAGGGUACGUGAUCAAAUUGCAGACUUUGUCAAACAUUUUGCUCCUCCCAGCUGAAGUUAUAAAGAAUAUGUUUGUUGAGUUGAUCAAAGUUAUUUUCCAGACGUUCUAUUCUCAUGGAUGAUCUCAACAACUCAUAAAACUAACAAGACAAAU